UUAAUUAUGAAAUAUACAUAUGACUCAGUGAAAGGGGCUCCGUAGGAAGAAUAAGGAGGUGACAUGUAACAAAUUUUUUCAUUCUUAUUGGCAUUUGCAGGAACUUGGAUGAAAGUAAAAAUAAUGUUCAAGAAUAGUAAAAAGUGUUCAUAUGGAUGGCAUUUUUUUUUUUGUUAUCUUCUUGUGCAACAAUGAAAACUAGAUCAGCAAAUUACAUGUAAAUUAUCUUAAAUUUUGGCAUCAUCGUAAUGGGAUUUCUAUCACUGUAUGUUUGGUAACCAAAACAUGAGAUGUUAUUGCAACAAUAGAAAGAAUAAGCUCAGCUAAUAAAUUGA